AUGUCCACCGAGGUCCAGCCCAACAACAACACAUCCGAUGCAGCUGCUCACGAUGACCACGCCCUCUCAGAUAGCAAUCAUGCUGACGAGGGCAUCAUAGCUGCGGCUACCGAGAUGCAGACUACCACCGACUACGAUGAGAAGACAGCGCAAGUAGAGUUGCAAAAGACCACGACCAAAGUGACAGAUCCCGAGAAGCAGACCCCGGCAGAUUCAACCCACCAGCUACCCGAACAAGAGCAGACUUCUGCGCAAGACGAAGGUGAUUUCCACCGGACGGCGUCAACAAUAGCUCCGUCGCAUAGAUCUGUUCACAGAGAUCCUAUGAGCAGAGUGACCACAGACGCAGAAGGAAACACUUACCCGGAAGGAGGACUGGAAGCAUGGCUUGUGGUUCUUGGCAGCUUCCUCGGUCUUUUUGGAUCUCUGGGGCUUCUCAACACCAUCGGCACACUUCAGGCAUACAUUGAGAGCCACCAGUUGAAAGAUUACAGCUCCGGUAGCAUAGGAUGGAUCUUCGGCAUGUACGCCUUCCUGACCUUCUUCUGCGGUGUGCAGAUUGGACCCAUCUUCGAUGCGCAAGGACCUCGUUUUCUUGUUCUCGCCGGAUCGAUUUGUGAAAUAGCCAUGAUCAUCCUCCUUAGUUUCUGCACCAAGUACUGGCAUUUUAUGCUGACGAUAGGUGUUCUUGGCGGAGUCGGUGUCUCUCUCAUCUUCACCCCAGCCAUCGCUGCGAUCGGUCAUUACUUCUAUGCACGACGAGGACUCGCAACCGGAAUCGCAGCUACUGGUGGCUCCGUUGGAGGCAUAGCCUUUCCUUUGAUUCUGCAAGCCCUGUUCCCAAAAAUUGGAUGGGGUUGGGCUACUCGCGUCAUCGCAUUGAUCUGUUUGAUCGCCUUUGGAUUCGCGAACCUCCUCAUCAAAUCUCGAUUACCCAAGAAGGAAUUCUCGAAGGAGAAUGUCUUGCCCGAUUUCCGCAUCUUCCGUGACAUACGAUUCACUUUGACUACGGCGAGCGUCUUCUUCAUCGAAUGGGGCCUCUUCGUCCCUAUCAGUUACAUCUCCUCAUAUGCUCUGGCCCACGGCUUUUCCACCGAGUUCUCUUACCAAAUCCUGGCCAUCUUGAACGUGGGUUCUUUCUUCGGCCGAUCGCUUCCGGGGUUCUUUGCAGAUUUCCUGGGCCGUUUCAAUGCUCUAAUCGUAACCGUGGCUCUGUGCUUGCUCUGCAAUGCGUGCCUUUGGCUUCCUGCCGGCAACAGCUUGGCUUUGCUUGUCAUUUAUGCUUUGGUGUUUGGUUUCGCUAGCGGCAGCAAUAUUAGCCUGACACCCGUCUGUGUUGGACAGCUAUGCAAGACCGAGCAUUAUGGUCGGUAUUAUGCAACUGCCUACACCAUAGUGAGCUUUGGAACUCUUACCGGCAUACCGAUUGCUGGUGAAAUCCUGACUCGUUGCGACGGACAGUAUUGGGGCCUCAUUGCUUUCACCACCGCCUGCUACGCUGUUGGUCUGGCAUGCUGUACCGCUGUCAAGGUCAUCGAAGUCGGCUGGCGUCGCCCCUUCGCCGUCUACUAG